UCAGCAGGAUGGCUGUCCUCAAUGACCUAGGUGCAAUCCCUCAAGUAUCAUUGGAUUAUUUCAAGUCUGCUGCCCUGCCACCCCUUCAUGCAGAGAUUGGCAUUGCCGAAAUCAAGACUUCACUGGAGGCCUCUCAGGUUUUGUCCUGAGACUCGGGGUGGACUGCGUUUAAGAAGGAGCCAAAGGUUUUGGAUGUAUCUGAGGAGCAGGUGUUUGGACCCCUUUCAGUGGUUUUUGAGGCAAUCAUCAGCAAGGCUGGCAGAGUUGUGCACACCUCAGCAAGGCUUGAGUUUGUAUCAUGACCUGCACAUUCGCCACACUCUGAUUGCUCCAAUUCAACUUGCCUGGAUGCAUACUUGCUGCUAGUGGAGAAGAAGAGUGUUGGCGUGCAAGAGGCCAAGAAGAAUGAAGCUGAAGGCUCUGAUCACAAUUCAUGGGAUGAUAUCGCCAUUUUGUUUGAGUUCAAAAAGGGUGAUGGGACUGCCGAGCAUGAAGAUCAACCCAUGUCGCCAUGUGACAUUUGGUGUUACCAUUGAGAACACACAAAUGAGGUUUUGGUUCACUUGCUGGGCAGUCAUGCUCAUCAGCAAGUCAUUCAGUUUCCUUACUGAGCCAGAACACCUCAUCCACUUCUUCUGUGCCCUUGCAUUUGCAAAAGACCAUGAGCUCAGAUGGGAUCCAACAAUCUGGAGAGUGUGUGUCAAGGGUAAAACUCAAUACAUCAUCACUGUGCAUUCAGAAAAUGGGGGAACCAUCAAAUACCCAACCAUGAAUGUCAUUUCCAAUUUUGGCACUGAUGGUGUGAUGGGUCAUGGGACUUGGGUCUUCAAAGUCUAUCCUAUGCCUCAAGAUGGAAAAUUGGACAGGGAACCCAUUGAUAAAAUCCUUCAAAAAAUAUUUGGUGACUUGUGGGAGCUGAAGGGCAUCGAGGCAGAGAAUGAGGCUAGAAAAUAUUUUCUCACUAUUGUUGAAGCAGGAGAUGUGAUUGUGAAUGGGAUGGUCGAUGGCACCACCAGCCUUCUACAUGCAUCUGAUCUGCCAGCUGACUGUCCUUCAUAUGUGCUACCUGUUGAUGGUAAAUGGAAGGUGAAGCUGACCAGGUCCAGUGAAGGACUCCCACCAAGUUUUUCUUGUGAAGUUUGCAUGCCUAUAUACAAACUUCAGUGCCUCAAUACUGUGUUUCAGAUGCUGCAAGAUAUUCAUGAAGCUUUGGAAAUUUUGCACAGCAUAGAUUGGGUGCACCAUGAUGUCAGCACCACAAACUCUUUACGUGUGGGUGAGGUGGGGAAGUUAGCUGACCUGGAGUAUGUGAAGCAUAUGAACGACACAAGCAGACAUGAGAUCCACAUGGAAACUGUGAAUUUCAUGGCUUGUGAGGUUGAAGGUCAAACAUACCUCUUUAAGCCACCUGGAUUUUUUGACAAAGUCUACAGUCCCCCAUUCAGGUUCAAUCCCCUGCACAAUAUGGAGUCUUUGUGGUGGAUUCAAACAUGGAUACUCUAUUACCAUGUUGGCCAACCACACAGCCAACAGUCAUCAAAACAGGAGGAUUACUCAAAGAACCUCUUUCCUGGACAGCUCAAAGUUGCAAUGAUGCAUGGGAAGCUUAAGCUAGCUUACAUUGAAAGUGAAAAGUGCUUGCCACAGGAGCCACCGGCCUAUGUUGCUCCACUUGCAGGUCUCCACACCAUUUUUAGAGAACACCUUGCAACUGCUGUUGAGGUCUCUAAAGAUGUCAUUCUUUUUAUCCCAAUGGAUAAAUGGCCAAAUCCAGAAGACUCAACCCAUGAAACUCAAGGCAAAAAAUGAGUGGACUGAUCGAACAUCAUUCAAAUGUCACAACUCUCCAGGCCCAUGACACUACUUGAAAUAUCAAUAAAUGCUUACUGUACUAUCUUGCAUAUGAAUCCUGCUUUUCCCACCACUUUCCCUUGUUUAGUAGUCCCUUGCUUGUGCUUAAGGUUCCAACUCAUUGAGUCAUCAGAGAAAAUGUACUGGUUGACACAUCAUGAUGACCAUUCUUAGUAACACCAUAGCUGAAGCAAAUCACAAGACCAGAAGCAGCAGUAGUGAAGGGUUUGCUAGAGACAAUGGAUAGACACAAGAGUAUGUCAUGGUUCGAGAGAAACUGGUAGAUUGUAAAACAG